ACGGUCGCAGCAGCUUUAGAGUUCAAAAUAAAUAAUUUUCUCUACUCUUUUUUCGCAUAUUAAGCAUACGCAGUGUAUACAACUAUUAUUUUCUGCUAUUGUUAAUUGUUAAUUUCGGCAAAAUGGCUGCUACACGUGAGCUAGCCAAGUGCCAACAAUGAGACGAGUGUCUGACCAGCAAGAGCAACAAUCUUACACAGAAGUAAGUUCGUUUCAGAUUAGCGAAGGCCUGUCGCGGAAUAUGGAGCCAGUGAAAACUAGUCGCAUUUUUUUGGCCGCAGUUGCUGCCAACUUGUCAGCCUUUGUUGUGGGCACCUGUCUGGGUUGGACGUCACCCAUUGGACCCAAGCUCAAAAGCAAUGACAUCUCCGACUCACCACUGGACAGACCCAUAACAAACGAUGAAGAUGCUUGGAUUUCCUCAUUGAUAGCCAUUGGCGCACUGAUAGCCCCAUUUGUAGCUGGUCCUUUGGCCGACCGCAUUGGACGGAAGUGGGUGUUGCUCUCCAGCAGCGUAUUCUUUGUGCUCGCCUUUCUGCUCAACAUGGUGGCCAGCGAGGUCUGGAUACUGUACCUUUCACGCUUGAUACAAGGAUUUGGCGUGGGCUUUGUCAUGACCGUGCAGCCCAUGUAUGUGGGUGAGAUUGCCACGGAUAAUGUGCGUGGCGCCACAGGAUCACUUAUGCAGCUGUUCAUUGUUUCUGGCAUUUUAUAUGUCUACGCCAUAGGACCGUUUGUCUCCUAUCAAGCACUGCAGUGGUGCUGCAUCGUACUGCCCAUUAUCUCCGAUAUUGUGUUCUUCUUUAUGCCCGAGAGUCCUUACUAUUUUGCCGGUAAGGGUCGCAAAACAGACGCUGUGCGCGCGCUUCAGUUUUUGCGUGGCCAGAGCGCUGAGGGUGUACACGAUGAGAUGGCGAUUAUACAGGCUAACGUGGAGGAGGCUAUGGCCAGCAAAGGCACUAUGAUGGAUCUAAUCAAAAAUCCCGCCAAUCGCAAGGCUUUAUUAAUUUGCGCCGGCCUCAUCAGCUUCCAGCAGCUCUCCGGGAUCAAUGUGGUGCUGUUCAAUAGCCAAUCGAUCUUUGCAAGUGCCGGCACAGGUUUGAAUCCGGCCAUUGCCACCAUCAUUAUUGGGUGCGUUCAAGUCUCAUCCUCUGGUCUAACGCCCAUCGUUGUGGACCGAUUGGGCCGCAAGGUGUUGCUGCUCAUGUCAGCCAGCGUAAUGGCCAUUGGCUUAGCUGCUCUUGGCUUUUUCUUUUACAUGAAACUGGUGGCCGGUGACAUAAGCAGCGUAAUGUGGCUGCCAGUGCCUGCAUUGAUUCUCUAUAACAUUGUUUAUUGUACGGGCUUCGGUCCUUUACCCUGGGCUGUGCUGGGCGAGAUGUUUCCAGCGAACAUAAAGUCGGUCGCCUCCUCUGUUGUGGCCAGCACCUGCUGGAUCCUUGGCUUUCUGGUUACACGCUAUUAUCCUGCGCUCGAUGCGCUCGGCUCCUACUAUGCCUUCUGGCUCUUUGCUAUCUUCUGCGUGGUGGCGUUCUUCUUUGUGUUGUUCGUCGUUAUGGAGACCAAAGGACUAAGCCUGCAACAGAUUCAGGAUCGUCUUAAUGGCAAGCGCAACUGAUGGCCCCCCUAGUGAUAACGCUGGCCAAAUCCUAUUAACUAUUUAAGUCCUAUAUGCAAGUAUUUUAUUGCCUAAUUUUAAGAACAUUCCACACUUGUUAUUCAUUAUUAUGUUAUCAUAAUAAAAACCAACAAAGAAUUUAU